GACAAUUCAAGGAGGAAAAAGCCAAAUUAAUCUCUCUAGAGGUCAUCCAGCACGUUUCACCGAGGGUGUCCUCGGUGGUUCCUGACCACCGAGAUGGGGGUGGAGGGCCACUGCCUUUCACACAGAGGUGCUGGCAUCAGCUCAAUUAGCCAACCAGCCGCAUUCCCAGCGCUGGACUCCUGUUCCAACAGGACCCGGCCUUCAGGCAACGCAAGGCGGGGGAGUCUGAAUGGUGAGGGAGAGUCCUGCUCCUUCUUAAGUGCCUGUGAGUCAAGCCAGGGCUGGAACGCCAGUGUGCCGGUCAGCCAGCCUGCCAGGCAGCUGUCCCUCGGAGCCAGGAGAGGAGCCCGAGCCCGCACCUGCAUCCACACCUCUGCCACCCCACACCUCCCAUGGCCGACCAGCUGACAGAGGAGCAAGUGGCCGAGUUUAGGGAGGCCUUCUCCCUGUUCGACAAGGAUGGGGACGGCACCAUCACCACCCAGGAGCUGGGCACCGUCAUGCGGGCCCUGGGCCAGAACCCCACGCAGGCGGAGCUGGAGGGCAUGGUGAGCGAGAUUGACCGGGAUGGCAACGGCACUGUGGACUUUCCUGAGUUCCUGGGCAUGAUGGCCAAGAGGAUGAAGGACAGGGACAGCGAGGAGGAGAUCCGGGAGGCCUUCCGUGUGUUCGACAAGGACGGCAACGGCCUGGUCAGCGCGGCAGAGCUGCGGCACGUGAUGACCAGGCUGGGGGAGAAGCUGAGCGACCAGGAGGUGGACGAGAUGAUCCAGGCGGCGGAUGUGGAUGGGGACGGGCAGGUCAACUACGAGGAGUUCGUCCGCAUGCUGGUCUCCAAGUGAGGGGCUGGCAGCGCUGCAGCCCCACCAGGCCGUCCCCACCCGCUUGGCUGGGGAUCGAACAGCCUCUGGCUGCAGCAAGAGCCUCGGGCCCUCACUGUUUCCCACUUGCCAGCGUCCUCCAGCACUGCUUCUGGGCAAGGUGAGGUCGGGCCUGCUUUCUGCUCUCCCUUUGUCUCCUAUUUCCUGCCUCCCACCCUCUUCUCACCCAGAAUGACACAGGCUGCUGGCAAGCCCAGCAAACCCUGAGUGCUUCUGUCCCUCAGGAGAAGGAAAAGUGACAUCUCUCUGCCGGACAAUGAGCAGAAGGAUGAGUGAAAGUUGCACAGACGGCGCCAUGCGUGGGGAGGGUGCAAUGUGACAUCAGAGUCCUCCGGGCCGAGUCCCUGGGAGGCACUUGGCACUAGGACCCAGGCGGCUGUUGCCUUCAGACUUCAUCUGCUGCUGGGUCCAGGCAGGUGGAAGGAAUCUGGCCCUGGAGCAAGGUGGUGACCGAGACUGACAACAGAAACCAGGCUUCCUGAGAAACAACACUUCACUUCCACAGGGCGUCUGUUCCUCUCUGUCUUCGCCAGGCCACUGUGAUCCAUCUUUUGAAGGUGGGAGUAAAACUAGGGCCGGUUGCAACAAGUCUGGAUUCAUCGUCUUGGAGGGAAAUUUGAAUGAAAGGGAGAAGAAAGCCGCAGGGGGAAUAAAUAAAAGG